AUGGUAAAAGAGGCAUUCAUUGAAGCAGCUGACUCGUUGUUCCGAGACUUUAAAAACAAACCAGAAAUACUAUCUUCAAUCAAAGCUCUCCAACUAUCACGAAGUACGGUUAUACGGCGCAGUGAAGCCAUGGUCGAGGAUUUGACCCAACAACUCUGGAAAGACAUCGCGAACUGCGAGUGUUUCUCACUGCAGUUGGACGAGUCUACAGAUGUGAGUGACACGGCCCAGCUGUGCAUUUUUAUUCGGAUGGUGUUUACCGAUAUGACUACAAAAGAGGAGCUGUUAACAGUACUGCCCCUGAAAGAACAUACGCGAGGAGAGGACAUAUUUCAGUCUUCCAAAAACUUUAUCGAGAAAACUCAGCUCCCAGUGUGCAAAUUGGUGUCCAUAACCACGGGCGGAGCACCCACGAUGGUUGGCCGGCCAAAUGGAUUUAUUGCCAAGUACAGGGAGUACGAUGCUUUCCCGGACUUCCUCAAUUACCACUGUAUAAUACACCAACGAGCGUUAUGCGCAAAAAUGCUCAACAUGAAAGAGAUAAUGGAUGUGGCAACGAAGAUCGCUUGUUCUAUUCGUGCCAGAUCUCUUCAAAGACGGGUAUUCCGUGCGCAUCUGGAGCAGGUUGACUGUCACCAAUUUGAGUUGUUGCUACACACUGACGUGAGAUGGCUUAGUCGAGGAAAAUUCCUGCAAUGA